GUUUUCUACUGUCUGCUGACUCAUACAGAGCACCCCGACUGUCUCAGCCAUGAGGAGCACACGAAAGAGAAACUGGUUCGAUUUGACUAUAGUCUCUCUUCUCUUGACCUUACCUACCCCUGCUGCAGUCAUGCAGGUCAGAUUAUCUGGCUCUACCUUUUGCUCUGGAAGAGUUGAAAUCUAUUACAGCAACACCUGGGGAACAGUCUGUAAUCGCACCUGGGACUUAAAUGACACUAAGGUGGUGUGCAGCGAGCUGGGCUGUGGGACAGAAAAUGCAAAUCUAAGUUCAGCUUUUGGUGAAGGAGUGGGUCAAAUCUGGCUUGUUGAUAUGAACUGUUCUGGAAGUGAAACAUCUCUAACUGGGUGUCCGCACGGAGGAUUUGGGACCAACAACUGUUCACACAGUGAGGAUGUUGGUGUGGUCUGUCCAGUGACUCCCCCACAGCCCAAUAUCUCCAUGCAUCCUGUUGGUGAGGUCACAUGGGGUGAGGACGUUACCAUCACUUGUUUGAUCUCACCUAAGACUCAACAACUUUUGAAAGGAACAUUCAUUCUGGAACAGAACCCAGCUUCAUUUACAAGCACUCAAACAUCAAGUAACAACUCUGCUUACUUCAAAAUCCUUAAUGUGGACUUCGGUAACACAGGGUCCUACCGCUGUCAGUAUCAGAUAUUGGUCGACAGUCAAAACUACAACUCGACCCAGAGUGACUCCGUCAGACUGUUGGUUACCGUGCCUUUGUGGAUGCUGGUCUCUUCAGCAGCAGGUGGAGGUCUGUUGUUGCUGUUACUGCUGGUCUUGGCCGUGGUCGUUCUGGUUGUCAGGAGAAGAAGACGAGCCAAGGAGCCAGGAAUCAUCAUCCAGAUGCGGACAGACCAAGUAGGAGCAGUGGAGGACGGGGACAGUGAUGAUCAUGAUUAUGAGGAAGAGUUCGUCCAAACUCAAUUGAGGGUCAGGAACAGUUAUGAAGAUGAGGAGGAGGUGGAUGAGGACUAUGUUAACGUUGAUCCAAUGGAUACCACGAGGACACGGACAGACCAAGUAGGAGCGGUGGAGGACGGGGACAGUGAUGAUCAUGAUUAUGAGGAAGAGUUCGUCCAAACUCAAUUGAGGGGCAGGAACAGUUAUGAAGAGGAGGAGGAGGAGGAGGAGGAGGAGGACGAGGACGAGGAGGACGAGGACGCCGACGACUAUGUGAACGUUGAGCCAGUGGACACCAUGAGGAAACAGACAAAGCAAGUGGAGGAUGAGGACAUUGCUGAUAAUGAUUAUGUGGAAGAAGAGAUUGCAGACAUUUAUGUAGUUCCUACGGAGGUUUUUGUUGAUGUAGAGGACAACAGCGAGGAACAAGGAGAUGAAGGAGAAUCCAGUGCUGAUGAAGAUGACUAUGUAAAUGUAACCCAGACAUACUGAACUGUAGAGUACAUUAUCUGAUAUUUAAUAUAUUUAAGUUUCCACUGGUCAACAGUGUCACAGAUCAUCACGGAUAAAGGACACAACCAACUAUUUACUGCCAACAUUUUUUUUUUUGUAAACUGUAAUAUUGUCAACUUUUCACUUUCAACAACAUCCAUGACUUUGAAGAAUUUCAGCCUAAAGACAGAACUCAGAGGCUCCAUCCUUAUUCACAAUUAUUCCUUUAAUGUACAUACUGGUCAAAUAUUCUUCUAUAACAUGUAAAUCAGGCAAUAUUACCAAGUAAAUAUAUAGUUUUGUAUGUAUAUGUUUAGUACAUGUGAAAAUCUUAAAGUAACAUGUGUCAAACCAACACAUCCUCAUACCUAAAUGACCAAAUAGGUUUAUUGUCAAUGACCAGUCGAGGUACAAAUGUACCAGACUAGACUUUUUGUAAGUCACGUGAAGGAAGUAAAGUCAAUUGGUUGUAAUAAGCUGCUGCACAAUCAAUUAAAAAAACAACAACUGGAAAACAACCUGA